CCCUGUUGUCCCUGUCCCCAUGUCCCUGUCCCCAUGUCCCUGUCAGGCUGGCAGUGUCCCCGUGGUGUUUGAUGAGCAUCACCUCAGUGAGGUGCAGAACACUGCAUCAGAGGAGAAGCUGGACAAGGUGCUGGACUCCAUGAAGGAAAGCAAAGUGGCUCUGAUUGGGAAGAUCCACACCCCCAUGGAGUUCAAGGGGGACCUGACCUCCUAUGACAUGCGGCUGAGGCGCAAGCUGGAUCUCUUUGCCAACGUGGUGCAUGUGAAGAGUUUGCCAGGGUACCAGACCCGGCACAACAACCUGGACCUGGUGAUCAUCCGGGAGCAGACAGAGGGGGAGUACAGCUCCCUGGAACACGAGAGUGCCAAGGGGGUCAUCGAGUGCCUGAAGAUCAUCACCAGGGCCAAGUCCCAGCGCAUCGCCAAGUUCGCCUUCGACUUCGCCACCAAGAAGGGGCGUUCCAAGGUGACAGCAGUGCACAAAGCCAACAUCAUGAAGCUGGGUGAUGGGCUCUUCCUGCAGUGCUGUAGGGAGGUGGCAGAGCUGUACCCCAAAAUCAAAUUUGACACAAUGAUCAUUGACAACUGCUGCAUGCAGCUGGUGCAGAACCCCUACCAGUUUGAUGUCCUGGUGAUGCCCAACCUCUACGGGAACAUCGUGGACAACCUGGCAGCCGGGCUGGUGGGAGGUGCCGGGGUGGUUCCCGGGGAGAGCUACAGCGCCGAGUACGCCGUCUUCGAGAUGGGCGCCCGGCACCCCUUUGCCCAGGCAGUGGGCAGGAACAUCGCCAACCCCACGGCCAUGCUGCUGUCUGCAGCCAACAUGCUGCGGCACCUCAACUUGGAAUUUCACUCCAACAUGGUGGCGGACGCGGUGAAGAAGGUGAUCAAGGUUGGAAAAGUUCGGACACGGGACUUGGGCGGUUACUCCACCACCUCUGACUUCGUCAAGUGCGCACACCCGACAUGGGGGGCUACGCCACGUCCCUGGAGUUCACCCAAGCCGUGAUCGCCGCCCUGGACUUGUAGGGCCCCGCGGCCCCACUCCCCCCCCGAUAAUUUAUUGCUUCCCAAUAAACGUGGCCUUGGCAGCGCG